AUGGAUUCUGAAUAUCAACAACGUGUCCCACCUACUGCUUCAAAUAGACGACGUCGUGAAUUGGAUGUAGACCAUGAACGGGGACGAGGGCAUGGGCAAGGACGAGGUCAAGGUCGUGGUCGAGGUCGUGAUCCAGUUUCGGUAGAAUAUGAUAUUCCCAGUGCCAGUCAAAGUGGGAGCCGAAGCCAAAGACGAGUUGAAGGUUAUGAUAUGCCUGACAUUGCUGUGGAGGAUACCUUUUUACCUGAUUCUCCUUCUGUCCAGGAAGAGUACCUUACUCAUGCUUUUCCAGGUGGACCAACUGAUCCGUCAAUACUGCGGAGUUUCAAUAGUCAUGUGGCUGCAGCUAUUUGGCACGGGGAGGAACGAGGGCCCCUAAAGUGUCAUAAUCACUCUUCCAAGAUCCUUGCAUGGCCAUGGUGGUUAGUAGAGAACAACACCAGAUUCAAAGCCAUUAUUGAGCAGUCUGGACUGUCACAGUUAGCUCGUUGCACUUAUCGGUUCGUCAACAAGCUUCUAUUCUCUAGUUUUGUUGAGAGAUGGCAACCUGAGAUGAACACAUUUCACAUGACAGUUGGUGAGAUGACCUUGACCCUGGAUGAUGUUGGCACUAUUCUUGACCUUCCCAUUCGUAUUGCACUUGCACUGCAGAUUUCACAUCCUAUUAUUGACGCUGGUUAUCAGGAGGGGAUUCGCCAUCCUUAUCGACUUUACCAAGCUAUCGAGAGUAUGACACAUGUUCUUGAAGGUCAGCACAUUAACGAAGCUGGACCUAGUUCUGCUGGAGGUCGCUUUCCAUCUUCGACAUUGACAUACAGUCGUAGGCCUAGGCGUAGGCAUACAGCUGGUUCGUGA